GGUGAAACUUUGGCCAGAAGCUGUUGUUUUCAGAAACCUCAGAGGAGAUGCCAAGAGGUGGAUCCUCUUGUAAAUGAGCGUUUUAGCUGGAGGAUAGAGUCAGUUAAGAUCUGUCAAGUGCCUGUGUUCACCAUGCUGUGGACUGCAAGUCUCUGUCUCCUUUGGGCCUCGUCCAUCCUUGGAGCUCCGGCAAACAAACAGAGACAGAAGGUGCUGCUGAUCUCCUUCGAUGGUUUCCGAUGGGAUUACGACCGUGAUGUGGACACACCAAACCUCGACAAAAUGGCCAAAGAUGGAGUCAAAGCCCUGUAUGUCACACCUCCUUACCUCACUGUCACCAGUCCUACACACUUCACCCUCUUGACAGGCCGCUACAUUGAGAAUCACGGGGUAAUCCACAACAUGUGGUUCAACACAACCACAACUGAGAAGAAGCCUUACUAUCAGACUCAGUUUGUGAAUGAGUGGUGGGAUAAUGGGACUCUGCCUAUCUGGAUCACAGCGCAGAGACAGGGCUUAAAAGCUGGCUCUCUUCACUUUCCUGGCACAGCUUCCAGUUACCAGGGACAGGUUGCUAUGGUGCGGGAAGUGGAGCCAUUCCUUUAUAACUACAAGAAUGAGACCGCUUGGCGAGAAAACGCAGACAAAGUGAUGGGCUGGUUCAGAGACCAGGAUCUGGACUUUGUAUCCCUGUACUUUGGUGAGCCAGAUGGCACAGGCCACAAAUACGGCCCAGACUCCCCAGAGCGUCGGGAGAUGGUCAAGCAAGUGGAUCGAACAGUGGGCUACAUUCGACACUCAGCUGAACAACACGGGCUGACCGACCGCCUGAACAUCAUCAUCACAGCAGACCACGGCAUGACCACGGUGUACCGCAAUGGUCUGGUGGAAGAGAUCACCCUGUCCAAAAUCCCGGGCUUCUCAUUCAGAGACCUGUCCUUCCACCUGGUGGACUUUGGCCCUUCUGGGAUGCUGUUACCAAAGCCAGGCAAGCUGGAGAAAGUUUACAAUGCCUUGAAAGGGGCCCAUCCACACCUCCAUGUGUACAAGAAGGAGGAGAUGCCAGAGCGCCUCCAUUUCGCCAAAAACGAUCGUAUCCUCCCCAUCAUUUUAUGGUCCGACCCUGGAUAUGUCAUCAACGGGUAUUUUCCAGUUCAGUCCCACAAGGGUGAGCACGGCUUUGACAACGAAGGGAUGGACAUGAAGGCCUUCUUCAGGGCCGUGGGUCCAGCAUUUCACAAGAACCUGGAGGUGGGGCCCUUUGAGACAGUGAACAUCUACCCCUUGAUGUGUCACAUCCUGGGCAUCCAGCCGGAGGUCAACGACGGGCACCUGAAUACCACCAAACACAUGCUAGUUACAAGCGCUAUUAAUCGGGGUGAAAAUGUGAAUUUUCUGCAAAAUGUCUUCACUGGACUGGCUGCAGUGGUUGGAUUUCUUGUUGUAGUUUUUAUAGUGAUGACCUCCCACAAAAUACUCAAGAAUAAAAGAUCAGGAAGUUCAAAACAUCUUCCAGAAAAGGAAGAGCAAACACAAACUUCAUUUUGAUCAUCACAGAAGAAACUGUGGGCUCCAGUCUGAGACUCAGCUGCCUGUGGACAGCCCUGUUCUGUGUUACUCCAUGCGAGGAAAUGCACUCUGUGAACUGCACAAGGAAUCAAAGAGCACGGUUGUGCAAAUUAUUAUUUUUGUUCAAAAACGGAGAAAUCGAAGUUUGUUUGUAAUUUGGUUGAAACCUCUGAGUGAACAUUGUAUAUUGUGUGUAUAUUGCUGUCUGUCUGUUUCACAACAUGCUGUAAUCAAAUGUUUGAAUGAAUACACCUAAUUUGAAUAUUCGUGUAAUUACCUUUACUUAUGAUUAUGAAGUUGUCUUAAAACUGUGCAGUACCAUUAGUUACCUUGAAUAAGAGACAAUAAACAUAAAGCAACAA